AUGGCGUCAGGACCAAGGAAUGAGGAUGUACAGCUGACGUUCCUUACGACAGGGACGGUCCGCAUCAGACCAUCAAUGCUCUCCCAGCCCGCAGGCAACUUUGCACUCCUUCGCCGUCUAAGAUGCCUCUGUGAUAGAGGAUGGACAGAUUCUCUCCCCGUGGGGGUGUUUCUCAUCCGUCACCCAGAAGGCCUAUUUCUAUUCGACACAGGCCAGUCCCCCAGCUGCAACAAUUCUGGCUAUUUCCCGCGUCUUGGCCUCUUGAACGGUCUUCUCUCUCAAUUCACCAUUGAGCACCAAGAUGGUAUUGUCGAGCAACUUCGCAAAAUGGAUAUCAAGCCUACCGAUCUGAAAGGCGUUGUUCUGAGCCAUCUUCACAAUGACCAUGCGGGCGGCCUCGAAGGCCUGAUUACAGAGGCUCCAGAUCUGCCGAUCUAUAUCAGUCGCGAGCACUGGAAAGCAUUCGGCGAGCAUCCGACUUUUGCAAGCAUUGAGGGAGCAACUCCCAACCAUUGGCCAGAAGGCUUCACACCGAAGAUUGUAGACCUCCAAGACAAGCCGCUUGGGCCCUGGAAACAGUCAUAUCCACUGACAGAAGAUGGGAAGAUCUGGAUCGUGGACACAUCUGGUCAUGUUCCAGGGCAUAUCAGUUUGGUAGUAUAUAGUGACGAGUGCACAUAUAAUAACUGCGUCACUUACUUUUUGCCUGGUGACGCGACCUAUGGAUUAGCUCUUCUGGAUAAGGAGGAGCCAGAUGGUGUCAACGAUGAUCCCAUGCGUGCUCUACAGACCUUGAAAAUGAUCAGACAGUUUGCUAGAGAGACGGAAGUGGUCGUCUUGCCCAGCCAUGAUCCUGAUACCCCGCGGCUAUUGGCUGAGCGUGUACCAUAUCGACCAUCAGAUUGA